GUUAAAAAAUCAGAGGGUUAGGGUUUAACAAAAAUUGGGGAAAUUAUCGAUCAAAAAUCUUGAGGAGAGAGAAAUAAAUGGCGAUGAAAGGAAAGGGAAGAAAAGCGCGAGAUGAAGAAGAAGCAGGAAAAACCUUGAAGUGCGUGAAAGAUUGGACAAAUUGGAGCUUGAAGAAGGCUAGAGUCAUCACUCACUACGGAUUAAUCCCUUUGAUUAUUUACAUCGGGAUGAAUUCUGAGCCCAAGCCUACAAUUUCUCAGCUUCUCUCUCCUUUUUAAAUCUAAUGUAAUGUAUUUCUCUUGAAUUUAUCAACUUUUUAUAAUACUACUAUUACUGCUAGUUUUAAUGUUGUUGUUCGAACUUGAGAAAGUUUUUUUUGGUAUGAUGAGUUAAUUAUGGUUUCCGAUGUUGAUUGUUAA